AUGAUUAAUGCUAUCAACCAGGCUGUUGCUGGGUUGCUUCCAAACCUUGUUGCCCAAACAGCUGAGGCUGUUAUUCAACAAACUCGUCAUCCAGAACGCACUAACACUAAUCCAACCUCUGGUGGAAAUACCACGAACAAUAUUACUUAUAGUAUAGACAUAUGGAUUAGUAAAUUCCAAAAACAAAAGCCGAAAUCCUUUAGUCACGCUACUAAUCCAGUCGAAGCGAGAAACUGGAUAGCUCACAUUGAAAAGAUCUUCGGGGUUCUUGGAGUUCCGGAGCAAUACAAAUAUUUUUCGACCGCUGAUAAAGAAGCUUAUAUCAGGGAGUAUGCAGUGAUUCGACAGGGGAAUGAUGAACCAGCCUCUGAGUUCAUUACUCGAUUUUCAAGGUUGGCUAGUAUUGUAGGAGAUGUUGCAGGAUCAGCAGAAGUCCAGGCAGAAAAAUGCAAGUGGGCAGUUAAUGAUCGAAUUCGGAAAUCGAUCAUGUAUAUGAAAUUUAAGGAUGUCACCGAAGUUGCUGAUGCAAUCAAAACUUUUGAGUUCGAAAGGAAAGAAUUUUUAUCCCGAACUGGGGAUAAUAAGAAGAGAAAUAGGGAAGGCCAAUUUAAGCAGGAAAUCGGCCAAUCAUCCACUACGCCACAACAUCAAGAUCGCAAAGCACAAGGAAAUCAAAACUUUGGAAAUCAAGCACGUCCAUGGCAACCUAGACUUCAAAACCCGAGGCCUGCUCAAAACCAGAUUCAGUUGUAUGCAGAACCUAUUAGAACUCAACCACUGAAUCAGAUUACAUAUCCACUAUGUAAUACUUGUGGUAAGAGACAUCAGGGCGUAUGUCACCGAAGUACAGGAGCAUGCUUUAGAUGUGGCCAAACUGGACACAUGAUCAAGGAAUGUCCUAAGAAAGAUACUAAGAAGAAUAAUCAACCCAAUGUUGGAGGAAGAAUUUUCGCACUUUCCGCUACUGACGCUGCUAAUAUUCCAGGUACUGUAUCUGGAACCCUUCAGAUUGGUGAACGUAGUAUCUAUGUGUUAUUCGAUACAGGAGCGACUCAUUCUUUAGUAUCCCAUUCGUUUACUAAGUAUCUUCCGAUAAGACCAACUCUCUUAGAUCAUACUUUAACCAUUUCCACUCCCAUAGGAACUUCGUCCGAAUAG